GCCCUACCUAUAAGUAUCAGAAUUCUGCUCAGAGAGAGAGAGAGAGAGAGAGAGAGAGAGAGAAGAAUACUGGUGGUUUCCCUUCUUCUCGAUCGAUAGUUGGUUGCUGAGAAACUACAUUGGUUUACAGAAUCUUUGAACAGAAACAUUGAAUCCCACAAAAACAUAUGUCAGAUCAGUUUGCCGUUUUGCGUGUAAACUUGGAUUAGUUUUUCUGUUCGUCAAUAUUUUUCAUGAUAUGUAUCAGGCGUGUUGAAGUUGUAGAGAAUCAACAUGCUUUCAGAAAAUAGAUAUGAUUCUUCCAAAAUAACUUUCAAAAGUAAGGCACUGGAUGUUGAAUGUGCUUCUUCUGAUGUUUUAAUCAAGCACAGAAGCAGGACAAUAUUGGCUGUUAGGGAUUUUCCUAUAGGUUGCGGUCCCUCCAAAAGAUUUUGCUCUGAAGUGUUAAAAAACUCUGUUCACUUUGAUGUGCCAGGCACAACAGAUGAUUCAAAGUCUAAAGAGAAGUUAAUUGAAUCAUUUGAUGAGAGGCAAGAGCUUGGAUUGGUGACAGAAGUUGAAUUGCUACACAAAUUUUUGCAAGAUUCUUUGGAUAAUGCAAGAUUGGUCAACCCAUUACAAAUUUCAGUUUCUGAAGCUACUAAAUUGCCAAACAAAGCUGUGCCUCGGAGAAGGAUUUCAGCUAUUCGAUCAUUCCCUCAGGGCUGUGGAAGAAUGACUCAACAAGUUGAUAAAGAAGUUGCCCCAGAAUCUGUUGCUUUAGAAACCAAUGGAUUAGGUCACUAUACACCAGAAGUUGGCAUAUUGUUAAGAAAGAAAGGAGAGGCAACUAGGAAGGAUGGUCAUCAAAAGAAUCUUGCAAGCUCUGGUAAAAUUAAUAUGUUUCAAUCAUAUUCAAAAUGCUUGGAGAUUUACCAGGGGAAACUGCAUGAGAAUGAUAUGGACAAAUGCCUUGAUGGAAAAUUAUCAGGCCAUAGCAGCAUUCAUCCAUCACAGGAAAUAGCCUCUACUCAUUUGGAGGUUCCUGGAAACCGGGUGAUAGUGCAGGCAUUGAUGGCUGCACCAAGUUGUCCGUGCAGAAAUGGGAAAUGGAGAUCCAGAUCAAAACUAACAAAUGGUGUGGCCAAAAGCAAAGAUAAGAAGCAUUAAUUUAGCACGAGGUUUUGACAGUUGCUACAAUAAUAAACCACUAUUUUUCUGUGGAAAUUUGUGGCCCGAACAUCACAGAGUUAACUCUACUAAAUGAUAGACUCUUAUGAGUUUGCCUGUAAAAUUUGCCUUCUAUGCAACUGCUUUCUCCAGGAAUGCACCAUCGAAUGUUGAACUGCUAAAAUUAGAUUCUCUCAUAUCAGCAGCUGUGAAAUUGGCUCUUCUGUAUCAGCCAUUGAGAUUUAUAAGCACAAAAAUGCAUUAGCUCAUUUAGUCAUUUAUAAACUUCAGUCAAGUAGAAUUAACAUUUUUGGCACAAUCCAAAAUCAUUCCUUUUUUUUGUACUCUCUUUCUCUCUCUUUACAGUACUCAAUUGAAAAAUAUAUUGAUGCAAAUUUACUUUUCAUUGCUGGCA